AUUCGAUGUUCGCCAUAUCCAAUACGCGGGAUUCGGUAUUCGAGACGCGGAUGAUCAGGUCACACUCCCUCUUAACCUCUGUAAAACAACGACGCUGGAGUGCCACCCAGGCAUGGAUUACACCACCAAAGACGAAUGGACCAUAGAGAGCAUCCUCACCGAACCCGAAGGCGUAGCGUGCCAUUGGUCGAUGAAUGGACCUGAAGAAGCAUCUCCCGCUACAGUCGUCAUACGAUAUGGCUCGUAUGGCUACAAGCGAUACGGCAACCUUCCCCUCGGGGACAUGGAGACACCCUUCGAGCUGGGGCCAUUUCCAGCGGCAUGUAACCUGCCUACCCUGAUUCGAGCGAUUGCGGAGGAUUCGUGGCGACCGAUUCACUUCAUUAUCACACCUCAAAUCGGUCGAUCGGACCAUGAUCAUCGCUUCUGUUUCCCGAAACUGAGGCCCAUCGACCAGCAAGGUGAAAAUCUUGCGAUAAAGUUCGAGAGUUCCUGCAGCUGCGACGACGGCGAUUCCAAUCAAUUCUGGGACGGUAUAACAGAGGCGUUGGCAGGUAUGAUCGAACAAUUGGACAAAAGUCAAGAGGAAUCGGACGACGAAGAGGAUUCUGAAGGAGAUACCGAUGAUUCUGAAGAAGAUGAGGUGGACACGGAUGAUUGAGCGAUCUAGUCUAGGACUAUAUACAUACAGCCAUUUCCUUCAUUCUGAAGACCCAGCGUUCUGUACCUAAGUAGCUUUCUCGACU